UGAAGAAAAUAAUAAGAGGGAAAAUAUUCUGUAUAUUGAAUUGUUCUGCUAAGUACAAGGAGUUUCUCCUUUAUUUAUAGGAGAGGAUAAAGACCAAAACACAAAAGGAAUUCUAUUCCUACAAGGAAACAAAUCACUAAAUAUGAACAAGGAAACAAAUCAAGAGCAAUCCCACUUAGAAUGGGAUUUGCUCUCCUUCUUGCCCAUCAAAUAAUUAACUCUUCUACAUAUACCAACUAGCUAGCUAGCUAGCUCAAUUAGCCAGGCCCGGCCCCCGGCUCUCUUUUUCGUCCCUUGAGCUAACUAGCAGCCAUGAGUAGUAAAGAUUUAGCAUUUCUUGAUUUUCUUCUUAUCUUUCUGGUAGCAGUUCAACUAGGAUGUUUCGAUGGUCUUGUCUCCGGCCAGCAGCAGCUGCUGCAUUAUGACAUUCAUCAUAGAGACUCCGACGAGGUUGUCAGAGUCUUGGGAGGUUCCGGUCUGCCCAUGAAGGGCACCGCCGCAUACUAUUCGGUCAUGGCAGCUCGAGAUCAACACCGUCACCGGCGGCACGCAUUUACCUUUCAAGGCGGCGAUGUCACCACGCGCAUAGACAAAUUGGGAUCUUUGCAAUAUGCCCGUAUUCAUAUUGGGACUCCCCCCGUUCCGUUUCUGGUGGCACUGGACACGGGGAGUGAUUUGUUUUGGUUGCCCUGUCGUUGCAAGGACUGUGCAACUUCCUACACCAUACCUCCAAACACGGUGAUGAGCCUCAGCUCGUACGAGCCGGGUUCAUCGUCGACGAGUGUGGUUGUUCGGUGUAACAGCUCAUACUGCUUCGGCGACAGCCGCCGGUCGUGCCCCCUCCUCGCACCCACACCGUGCACCUACGACUAUAGCUACAUGUCCCCAAACACAGCCACUAAGGGCUUUCUUGUCGAGGACUUUAUGCACCUCGAAGCGUGCGGAGAAGUUGUGAGCGGAUUUCUAUUGGAAGACGCCGCGAUCAAUGGCUUCCUUGGUCUCGGGCACGCGGUGUUGGAUUUGACGAGCCUCUUGUCAUCGAGGGGGCUCGUUCCCAACUCGUUCUCGUUGUGUUUCGCACCCGACGGGAGUGGUCGGGUUGCCUUUGGUGACAAAGGUGACGCUGACCAGAUGGUGACGCCACUAUUGGAGGGCUCCCACAAAAGAUUAAUUACCUAAUAAAUAAUACUCGCGUAUGGUACAACAUAGGCAUAGAUAAAAUAUGUGUGGAAAAAGUUGUAGCCAAUAUCGAGUUUGAAGCCAUGUUUGACUCAGGUUCAAGUAUCACCACCUUGACUGAGCCAACAUAUACUAUGGUCACAAAAAUUUUUAAUGCUUUUGUCAAGGACCCACCGAUUCAAGUCGCAGAUGUCCCUUUUGACUUUUGUUACAUCCGCGAAUCAAAUAAAACCCUAUUUUGGACUCCUUCUUUGAGGCUCAACACAAGAGGAGGGGGUCAUUUCAAUGUUAUCACUCCCACAGUAACAAUAGAUUCACAAGUAUGAU